AUGGAGGAGACAUCUUACCGGCUUUGGGUCAUUCACUCAGGUAAAGUCCACGGUUCCCUGGCUCGUGCCGGUAAGGUCAAGUCGCAAACCCCCAAGGUUGCCAAGCAGGAGAAGAAGAAGAAGCUCACUGGUCGUGCCAAGAAGCGCGAUACCUACAAGCGCAGAUUCGUUAACGUUACCAACGCUCCCGGUGGCAAGCGUCGCAUGAACGUCAACCCCGAGUCUACCAAGGGUUAA